AUAUGUUUUAAAUAAGAAAAAAGUUUCACUGAGUUGAAAGUUUAGUUGUGUUUUGACAUUUUUCAUUAAUUUUCAAAAUUAACACUAGGCAACAGCUUGUUAUUGAUUGAUAGUAAAAUUGAAUAGUAAAAUAGUUAUAACUGUAAUUCUAAUAAUUACAAGCACCGGCGUGCUAUUUUUCUUAUCAUAGGAAAAGAAAGCUGCCAAUUUGGCUCUCUAUCAACCUCGUGAUUUCAAAUUUCAUGUCCCAUGCCCAUGCCAUUGCCAUGUAAUUCUGUAAAUAGUUUUGACAGAUUGGAUAAUGGAUAUUAGUAAAUAUUUACCAUAUUGGAGAUAAGUGAUAAGUAAUCAGUUUUCAAUUUUCAUUAUCGUUGUUGGGGGUCGAGAAUACAAUUAGUAGUCCUCAUUUUUGUAUCACAUUGUAUCUUGAGUGAGAGGCAACAGACCACAAUUUAAAAAUGUUUUUAAAUAAGUGUAUAGAUAAAACUCUAGCUACGCUUAAUCGCAGGUGCCUUUCAAAGACUCCCAUAAAUUUUGAAAGUCUGAGUUGCAAAUUGUUAGUGGUUGGAGGGGGCACAGGAGGAUGUUCGGUAGCAGCCAAAUUUUCAAGACAUUUGAAAAAAAAUAAUUUGAUUGUACUAGAUCCAAGUAAAAACCAUUAUUACCAGCCUCUGUUCACUUUAAUAGGUGCAGGUGCAGAAAAACUGGAAAAUGCUAGAAGAGAUAUGAAAGAUGUUUUACCCCAGGAAUGCACUUGGAUUGAAGACGAGGCAAUCGAAUACGAACCUAAAAAAAAUACUGUUCGAACAUCAAAAGGGCAUGUCAUUGAAUAUGAUUAUCUACUCGUUGCAGUUGGUUUAGAUCUUCGUUUUGAUAAGAUUCCAGGUUUAUUAGCAGCUCUAAGCAAACCAGGCGGUGUUUGUUCAAAUUACUCACCAAAGUAUGUUAAUCGAACCUACCAAGCAUUACAAAAACUUCAGUCGGGAAAUGCCAUUUUUACUUUUCCAAAUUCACCUGUUAAAUGUCCUGGUGCACCACAGAAAAUAUGUUAUCUAACCGAUCAUUAUUUAAGAAAAAGAGGCAAAAGGAAUAAUGUUUCAAUAUCGUACAAUACCUCUCUAGCUGUAAUAUUUGGUGUCAAGAAGUAUGCUGAUGCAUUAUGGAAAAUAUGCAAGGAAAGAAAUAUACAAGUCAACUUAAGAACAAAUCUGAUUAAGGUAAACCCUGAUAGACCUGAAGCCACAUUUGAAAACUUGGACAAACCAGAGGAAAAAUUUACUACUGAGUUUUCGAUGUUGCAUGUAACACCACCAAUGGCAACACCAGAGACCUUAAGCAAGAAUAAAGACAUAACUAAUGAAACAGGUUUUGUGGAAGUUGACAAAAAUACAAUGCAACAUGUACGGUUCCCCAACAUUUUUACAAUAGGUGAUUGUAGCUCUUCGCCGAAUUCCAAAACUGCUGCAGCUGCAGCUGCACAGAGCGAAGUGGUCUAUAAGAAUAUGCUCUCUGUAAUGAAGAACAAACCAAUUCACGAAAUGUACGACGGGUAUGCAUCUUGCCCACUAGUAACGGGAUAUAAUAAGUGCAUCCUAGCCGAAUUCGAUUAUGACUUAAAUCCACUGGAAACAUUUCCGUUCAGCCAAGACAAGGAGCUCUAUUCAAUGUAUGUCUUGAAGAAAAACGUUAUACCAUCUAUUUACUGGCAUCUGAUGAUGAACGGGCAUUGGAACGGUCCGGCAACAUUCAGAAAACUCAUGCACCUGGGGUUUACUGAUAAAAAAUCAAACUUGCAUGUUUAAUUCUGAAUAAAACUCACUCACAAAUUUCGAACAAAAGAAUAAGAAAAAUAAAUUUCAUUAAAGUCUG